AUGUCUAACAACUUUGAUUCUCAGGCUUCCACAAAUUACAAGGAGGCGUUUGCGCUCUUCGACAAGCGCGGCAACGGUCGCGUCACCGUCGACAGCCUCGGUGACCUGCUCCGCGCGUGCGGUCAGAACCCCACACUCUCCGAGAUUCAGGAUCUCGAGAAGAACGUGGGAGGAGAAUUUGACUUUGAGACCUUCCAGCGUGUGCUCAACCGCCCCGGCGGCUUCCGCGACCCUGGCGAGCCGGAGGAGUACUGCCGAGGUUUCCAGGUCUUCGACAAAGAUAUGACGGGCUUCAUCGGCGUUGGGCAGCUCAAGUACAUCCUGACCAACCUGGGCGAGAAGAUGACCGACGAGGAGGUGGACGAGCUGCUCAAGGCGGUGGACACGAGCUCAGGGCAGGUGAACUACACAGACCUGGUCAGAACCAUUCUGGCCAACUAG